AUGUCGUUUGAUGCACUUUCUGCCCAGGAGGUCAUCGAAGCCGUCGCAAGAUCUGGUGUGCAGAAGGGGAAUAUGCGAUUGGAUAAGGUGUUCCUUAGCUCCGUUUCCGCUGGCUGUUUACUUGCCUUCGCCUGUGGUACUGCUCUCAGCACAAAUGCCUCCCCUUGGUACUCAGACAACGCCGCCGGUUUGAUCCGUACCAUUAGCGCCUUGGUCUUUCCUUACGGAUUGGUUAUGAUUAUCUUGACAGGCGCGGACCUUUGCACUGGAUCUUUUAUGUAUACCACCGUUGCAGCCUUACAGCGUAAGCUUCCCUGGUGGAAAAUGCUGAUACACUGGGCUGUCACAUUCCUCGGAAACCUGGCCGGAUCUCUAUUCAUGGUAGGAAUCAUUUUUGGUUAUGGUGGUGUUUUCGAUGCGGAUCCAUUCAAAUCGGCUGUCAGCACCUUCGCUACUAAGAAGCAGGUUACCCCUGACUUCCGUAUGAUCUUCCUGCGUGGAACUGGAUGUAACUGGCUUGUCUGCCUAGCAUGCUUUUUUGGUAUGCAGGGCCGCGAUCUUGCAUCCAAGAUAAUGGGUAUCUGGUGGCCCAUCUUCGCUUUCGUUUCUCUUGGAUUUGACCACGUCGUUGCCAAUAUGACUUUUAUUCCUCUUGGUAUUUGGGUUGACACGCCUGGAAUUACUGUUGGACUUUACAUCUGGAAGGGUAUUAUCCCUACCCUGCUCGGAAAUAUUCUUGGCGGCGGUCUUUUCUGUGGAACAUACUACUGGUAUAUGUACCUCCUGGACAUUAACUCACUACCCAUUCCCGGUCGAAAGAAGAGUGACAGCGAUACUGAAGUUCCCACUCCGGAGGGAAUGUCUGUGAAGAACGGAGAUAUUGAGGCCAAUGCUGGUAUUUCAAACCCAGUUUAA